CCUCCUUCUCUGUUCCCUCCCUCUUCCUUCCUCAUCUCUCUCCAUCUUUCCAGAUCAAACAGACACCGUCUGUAUCCAGCCUCCCUCUCAUCUCCACUGUCCGCCCUUUCUGGCCGCUUCGUCGAGAAACGCCCGUCGAUGUUUACGCCUGGCUACGGAUUAGUCUCUCAAUCUCCUUGUAAGGAUUAUUUUUCGAUCGACUGUAGAAGGAUCGUAGAACCUUUUCUCCAGGAUCAUAAUGGAUUACUUUCUCGGUGACGAGACUCUGCCUAUCCUGCAGUUGCAUAAAUGGGGCGCCUCUCAGUGCCAACUAAACUUAUCAGAAUUUCGUGAAGCUUUUAUUUCACCAACUAGGGAGCUGCUCUUAUUGCUGUCUUACCAGUGUGAAGCGUUGCUGCUUCCUUUGGUUACUGAGAGCCCCAUAGAUGACAACAUUUCAGAAAGUUGCCUCAAUGAAUGUCUGCAAAAUCAAUCUCCAGCAGCUUUUGGUUCUCAUCCAUCAAUGGAGCCAAGUUGGUCAGAUUCACAAGAUAAUAUAUCUCUUGCUGAUAUAUCAGUAGCAGAUUUAGAUAAUGGUUUUUCCGGCGAACAUAGAUUUUUGAAAUCUAAUAAUUAUCCUUUUAUUUGUAAUGUGAAUUCACUGGCUUGGGGUGUUUGUGGGGAUACCUAUGAUGCACACGAGGAUGUUUCAUUUAGAGAGUUUCUUUUUGUGACCAAUGAUUAUGGUGUUACAGUGCAUGCUUUCCGAGUGCCUGAUGAAACUGCAUUGACAAGACCUAAAUUGGAGGGUGAGUUUGGGCAAGGGAGGUGGGUGACUUGGGGUCCUUCAACCAAAUAUGCUCAAAAUAGGAAAUCUCAGGACAUUCUUGAUAUGUAUUCUGAAGGCGGUAGUACUACUGUUGCUGUCCAAAAGACCAAAGGAAAUGAGGAAACUCAACAAGAUACACAUAAAGAAACUGGGGUUGACCAUCUGUCAAGUGGUGUUGCUUCAAAGAGGUGGCUGCGUUCAUUUUUUACUAAAGCCAAAACUAUAAAAUUUGAUGGUAACAUUAGGACUAGGUUCCCAGAGAAGACAUCAUUUCCGGGCUCAGCGAAGGUUGUUUCGUUUAGCAUUCUUGACGAGAAUUUACCAGUUUUGGACUUCCUUUCUCAUGAAAACUUUCUAUCAAAUAAGGGAGGAAGCCAAGACACUUUGGAUGCCCGUCCAUACAAAUGUUCCAGAGUGUUUUCUAGCAAUUCACAUUGUCUAGUUGGAUUUGUUUUAACAUUGUCAGAUUCUUUAUUUGCCCAUACACCAAAAGAGAUUGAAAGCAGCAUAAAAGCUUUGCUUCUUGUUGCUAGGUUAGAUGGUUUGGGAAUCCAUUGGGUUUCCUUUGUGAAGCUUGCUGAAAGUGCAAAUGUAGACCCUGUUAGUGGGUGGACUGACUUUGGCUUUUCUGAUAAUCUUCUUGUUUGCCUAAAUGCUUCUGGGUUAAUCUAUUUUUAUGCUGUAAUGUCUGGAGAGUGCAUUGCACAUAUGGAUGUUUUACAAGCUUGUGGAUUUGACCCAAAAUCAAGGCCAUUGCAGCAAGAAAAAGUUGCCACGGUUGAUCCACAGAUGAAACCUGUUCAUAAAAUUCAUGAUAUGUCAACUUCUCAAGUUGGUGAUUCAUUUGGUAGAAGAAUGUUUAGAAAGUUGCUUGUUGUUUCACACACUUCCUUGCUAGCUGUUGUCGAUGAAUGUGGUAUUAUUUAUGUCAUUUGUGCUGGUGACUAUAUGCCAGAGAAGUACUAUGCAUAUGAGAAAUUGCUUCCACAUUUUCAACAUUUAAGGCUUGGCACAUUGGUUGGUUGGGAGGUUGGUGGUUCUGAUAUAGGCUACCAAAUGGUGUACUGUAAUAAUUCAUUUAAGAGGAAAGUAGAUAACUUUCAUGGUAGAGGGGAGAAGAGUGACUUCUUUUCAAGCAUCACAUCAGAUAAUAGUUUUCCUGAUUCUGAGGUGCAUUUACAACCAAUGCGUCAUGUUUUUCUUCCCACAGAAAGAUUUAGUGAGGAUGAUUGUAUCUGUUUUUCACCUUUGGGAAUCACUCGGCUUACCAAGAGGCACGGCAUUAAGAAUCAACCGAAUGUUCUCAUUCAUUUAAAUCUGCAUAUGGGUUUAGCUGUUCGUGAUGAAAGAUGCUUGGAUUCUGGGGGAAAAAUGUUUGACCUGCAAGGGAAGGAAGAAGCUUCUGUUGGAGAAGCAAUUGGUUGCACAUUUCAUGGAUGUCUUUAUCUUGUGAACAAAGUUGGCCUUGCAGUUGUUCUUCCCUCUGUUUCUUUUUCAUCUAAUUUCCUGCCUGUUGAAACUUUUGGAUAUCGGCUACACAGUUUUGAUAAAGGCGCCAGAUAUCCUGUGAAAAGAACUCAUCAUAUAAGGGAAUCCAAAGAGCUUUUCUCAGCUUGGAAAGUUGAAGUUUUGGAUAGAGUUCUUACGUUUGAAGGCCCUGAAGAGGCAGAUCGUUUGUGUUUGGAAAAUGGCUGGGAUUUAAAAAUAUCUAGGAUGCGUCGGCUACAGAUGGCAUUGGACUACCUGAAAUUUGAUGAGAUAGAGCAAUCUCUAAAAAUGCUUGUGGACGUCAGUCUGGCAGAAGAAGGCAUUUUGAGAUUGCUCUUUGCUGCUGUUUAUCUGAUGUGUAACAGAAAUGGCAGUGACAUUGACGUUUCUGCUGCAUCAAGGGUUCUUGCAUUGGCCACUUGCUUCACAACCAAGAUGAUUAGAAAAUUUGGGUUACUGCAACAUAAAAAUGGCUUGCUACUUGGUUUUAGGAAGACCCGAUUUCUCUCUCUUCCUUCAGUUAUAUCAGAUCAAGUACAAAGUGAAAUGGCGGACUCAAAAAGGCUUUGUGAUAUGGCUCGUUUUUUGGAGAUCAUUAGGAAUCUGCAAUAUCGACUUGGAGCAAAAUUCAAAAAGCCUAGCCAGGGAUUGAUAGAUGGUGGUGAAGCGAUAAAUUCGGUGGACUCAGUUUUGUCAGAGGAUGAAGCUCAGUUUUCAGUUUUUCCAGAAAAUACUGUUUCCUUGGAGACGGUAAACCAACAAGAACUUUCAAUUUCUGUAUCUUCUGUGGGUUCCAAGGGCGAAAAACUUGCUUUGAUGUCCAAGGAUGCAUUGGUUUCUGGUGCUGAUUUGGAUCAAGAUGACUCAACUGCAAUAUCUAUAUUUGUGCCUCAAGCUGGAAAUUUGGGAAAGAAAAACUUUCCAUUGGAAAAUCCCAAGGAGAUGAUUGCCCGAUGGAAAUUAGAAAAUUUUGAUCUUAAAACUGUAGUUAAAGAUGCUCUCAUCUCUGGCCGACUUCCAUCAGCUGUUCUUCAAUUACAUCUUCAUCGUUCAAGAGAUUUGGACACUGAUGAAGAUCCUUCUGAUACCUUUAGUGAAGUUCGUGACAUUGGAAGAGCCAUUGCUUAUGACCUAUUUCUGAAGGGUGAAACUGGACAUGCAAUUGCAACAUUACAAAGGCUCGGAGAAGACAUUGAAACCUGCCUCAAGCAGUUAUUAUUUGGCACUGUAAGGAGAUCUAUUCGGAUUCAAGUUGCAGAAGAGGUGAGAAAAUAUGGUUACCUGGGACCAUAUGAGUGGAAGAUAUUGGAGAAGAUAUCAUUAAUAGAGAGGCUGUACCCUAGCAGUAGUUUCUGGAAAACUUUUAUUGGUCGGCAGAAGGCAUUGAUGGGUGCUAUGUUGACUUUAAAGUCACCUGGAGAAAUUAAGCUGCACUUAUUAUGUCCACAUUUAUUUAGCAAUCUUACCAUUGAAUGUGGUGAGAUUGAUGGUGUUGUUCUAGGUCCAUGGACAAGCAUCAAGGAAGAUUAUUGUGACCCUGUGGUUGAUGAAGAUACUGCUCAUGCCGGAUAUUGGACUGCUGCAGCAGUGUGGUCUAGUGCCUGGGAUCAGAGGACCAUUGAUCGUAUAGUUCUGGAUCAACCUUUCCUCAUGGGUGUUCAUGUAUUGUGGGAGUCUCAACUGGAAUAUUAUUUGGGCCAUAAUGACUGGGAUGAAGUUUUUAAACUUAUGGAUCUCAUUCCUUCAUCUGUAGUAUCACAUGGAAGCCUCCAGAUCACUUUAGAUGGCUCAAAACAUGCACCUGAUAUUGGAUGCAGCAGUGAAUUUCCAGACUACAGUAAUUAUAUAUGCUCCAUUGAAGAAGUGGAUGCUGUUUGCAUUGAUGUUCCAGGAGUCAAAAUAUUAAGGCUUUCUGUUGAUGUUAUGUGCACCAUCUGGUUAAGGAUGCUCAUGGAACAGGAGCUUGCUAAGAAAUAUAUUUUUUUGAAGGAUUAUUGGGAAGGCACUGAAGAUAUUGUAGCUCUACUAGCUCGUUCAGGCUUCAUCACUAGCAGGCCUAAUAGAAUGUCAUCAGAGGAUUAUUCUGUGAAACUUUCAUCUGAUCUGAAUAUAUCAGAUGGUGGAAACUUUCAUGUUGAUACAACACAAGCUUUGGAUAAAUUACUGGUGCAUCAUUGUGUGCAAUAUAACUUGCCAAACCUUUUGGACCUUUAUCUUGAACAUCACAAAUUGGCCAGGGAGAAUGAUUCACUUUACUUGUUACAGGAAGCUGCAGGAGAUUGCCAAUGGGCAAGAUGGUUGCUUCUAUCUAGAAUCAAAGGCCAUGAAUAUGAUGCAUCAUUUUGUAAUGCUCGGGCUAUAAUGUCUCGUGAUAGCAACCUCAGUGUUCUGGACAUCGAUGAGAUAAUUCGUACUGUUGAUGAUAUUGCUGAAGGAGCAGGUGAAAUGGCAGCUUUAGCAACUCUGAUGUAUGCCUCUAUUCCAAUUCAAAAUUGCUUAAGUAGUGGCACUGUUUCAAGGCUUAGUAGCUCCACAGCUCAAUGCACAUUGGAAAACCUUAGGCCCACUUUGCAACGCUUUCCUACAUUGUGGCGCACACUUGUAGCAGCAAGUGUUGGACAAGAUACAUCAAAUUUAUUGGUUUCUAGGGCAAAUAAUGCACUGUCAAACUAUUUGUGUUGGCGCGACAAUAUCUUCUUCUCUUCUGCACGUGAUACUUCACUUCUACAAAUGCUGCCAUGCUGGUUUCCCAAAACUGUCCGGAGGUUAAUUCAGCUUUAUAUCCAGGGUCCGCUUGGAUGGCAAUCAUUCUCAGGUCUGCCUGUAGGGGAUUCUCUGUUAGAUAGAGAAAUUGACUUUUACAUACACGCUGAUGAACAUACUGAGAUAAGUGCUGUAUCCUGGGAAGCAACAAUACAAAAGCAUGUCCAAGAGGAACUGUAUGACUCCUCACUUGAGGAAACUGGACAUGGGCUUGAGCACCAUUUGCAUCGUGGUCGUGCGCUGGCAGCUUUUAAUCAUAUUCUUGGGGUUAGAGUUCAAAAGUUGAAAUUGGAAGGCCAAUCUGGUGCUGCAUCACAUGGACAAACAAAUGUGCAAUCAGAUGUGCAAACACUUCUAGCACCUUUAACACAGAGUGAAGAGGCUAUUGUUUCAUCUGUGAUCCCACUUGCUAUUACUCAUUUUGAGGAUCCUGUAUUGGGGGCAUCGUGUGCUUUUCUCCUCGAGCUUUGUGGCUUAUCUGCAAGCAUGCUUCGGGUGGAUAUUUCUGCCUUGAAGCGGAUAUCAUCAUUUCAUAAACUAAGUGAAAACAAAGAAAAAUAUGGUCAAAUUUCACCUAAAGGCACUGCUUUUCAUUUGGUUUCUCAAGAAGGUGGCAUGGUAGAGUCUCUAGCUAGAUCACUAGCGGAUGAAUAUUUACGGAAUGAUGGUGUAAAGGAAGCUAAGCUAAAGAGGACUGCAGAUUUGCAUACGAGCAAACAACCCUCACGAGCUCUCAUGCUAGUCUUACAGCAUUUGGAAAAGGCAAGCCUUCCAGCGAUGAUGGACGGAAAGACCUGUGGAUCUUGGCUUCUAACUGGUAGUGGCGAUGGGGCUGAAUUAAGAUCUCGCCAAAAAGCUGCAAGUCAGCAUUGGAAUUUAGUUAAAAUUUUCUGCCAGAUGCAUCAGCUUCCCUUGAGCACAAAAUACCUUUCUGUAUUGGCAAGAGAUAAUGAUUGGGUUGGAUUUUUGUCUGAAGCUCAGAGUGGAGGAUACCCUUUUGAUACAGUGGUCCAAGUGGCAGCCAAGGAAUUUAGUGAUCCACGUCUCAAAAUUCAUAUUUUAACUGUCUUGAAAAGCAUGCAGUCAAGAAAGAAAGCUGGGUCUCCUUCUUACUUGGAUGCCACUGAAAAAGGGAGUGGAACUUCCUGUGCAGAUGAGAGUGUACUCAUACCUGUUGAACUCUUUAGAAUUUUAGCAGAUUGUGAGAAGCAGAAAAAUGCUGGAGAAGCCCUCUUGACGAAAGCAAAAGAGAUGUCCUGGUCACUUUUGGCAAUGAUUGCAUCAUGCUUUCCAGAUGUGUCUCCAUUAUCUUGCCUAACAAUUUGGCUAGAAAUUACGGCAGCAAGGGAAACUUCAGCCAUCAAGGUGAAUGAUAUUGCAUCCCAGAUUGCUGAAAAUGUUGGAGCAGCUGUGCUAGCUACUAAUUCUCUGCCAGUGGGUAACAGAGCAGUAACAUUUCAUUACAAAAGGCAGAAUCCAAAACGUCGACGCCUUUUGGAGCCCAUAUCUCAGGACCAAUUGGUUUUAUCUGCUGCUGAUGUUUCAAGUACUUAUUAUCGUCCAAAUAUAUCUGUGGCACAUGGUGUAUCUGGUGAAGAGGAAAGCAAAUGUGGAAUUGGUGAACAUGUUAAUGUUUCAAGUGAUCCUGAUGAAGGGCCAACAUCUCUUUCAAAGAUGGUGGCAGUGCUUUGUGAACAGCACUUGUUUCUGCCAUUGUUAAAGGCUUUUGAAAUGUUUCUUCCUUCGUGUUCUUUGCUGCCUUUCAUUCGUGCACUUCAGGCAUUUUCACAAAUGCGCCUAUCUGAAGCUUCAGCACAUUUGGGCUCCUUUUCUGCCAGGAUAAAGGAUGAAUCAUCCAAUUUCCAGUCAAAUAUGGUAAGAGAAGAGCAGACUGCCACAUCAUGGUUAAGCUCUACUGCUGUAAAAGCUGCCAAUUCCAUGCUUUCAACCUGCCCAUCUCCUUAUGAAAAAAGAUGCUUGCUACAACUUCUUGCUGCAACUGACUUCGGUGAUGGAGGAUGUGCAGCAACAUAUUAUCGACAACUUUUUUGGAAAAUUAACUUAGCAGAGCCUUUAUUAAGGAAGGAUGAUGGUCUACAUCUUGGCAAUGAGACAUUAGAUGAUGCUUCACUUUUAACUGCUCUAGAAAAGAAUGGACAUUGGGAGCAAGCAAUCAACUGGGCCAGGCAGUUGGAGGCCAGUGGUGGACCUUGGAAAUCGGCUGUUCACCAUGUUGUUGAAACUCAGGCUGAAUCCAUGGUGACUGAAUGGAAGGAGUUCCUUUGGGAUGUUCCCGAAGAGAGAGUUGCUUUGUGGGGUCAUUGUCAGACACUGUUCAUUAGAUACUCUUUUCUCCCUCUACAGGCUGGAUUAUUUUUCCUUAAACAUGCUGAGGAGGUGGAGAAAGAUCUUCCGGCCAGGGAGCUUCUUGAGUUGCUGCUGCUUUCUCUUCAAUGGUUAAGUGGGAUGAUAACUCUGUCCAUUCCGGUUUAUCCGAUAAAUCUCCUGCGAGAAAUUGAGACUAGAGCAUGGCUGUUGGCUGUAGAAUCAGAAGCUCAGGUAAAGAGUGAUGGAGACUUCACAUCAACAGCUGCCAGCCGGGAUCCUGUGAUUGGAAAUACUUCUAAUAUCAUUGAAAAGACUGCAAAUUUAAUAACGAAGAUGGACGUUCAUAUAAAUAAAAUGAGUAGAGCAACAGAUAAGCAUGAUGCAAAGGAGAGUACCUCAGGAUUUCAGAAGAAUCAAGUAUUUGAUGCCAGCAAUCCAACAGCAGGGGUCAGUACAAAGACAAAGCGGAGGGCCAAAGCCUUUUUGCCUUCAAGAAGGCCAUUUAUGGAUUCAAUGGAUAGAAGCAAUGAUUCUGAAGAUGUUACUAUUCCUCUCACUUCUAAGAAUGACUUACAGUUGCAAGAUGAAAACCUAAAGUUGGAAAUUUCUUUAUCAAAAUGGGAGGAAAGAGUUGGGCCUGCAGAGCUGGAAAGAGCUGUUCUUUCUUUACUGGAGUUUGGACAAAUAACAGCUGCCAAGCAACUCCAACAUAAACUAUCUCCAGAAAAUUCACCUCCGGAAUUUGUUCUGGUAGAUGCUGCGCUAAAGCUUGCAGCUAUUUCAACUCCUCAUCACAAAGUAUCUCCAUCAAUGCUUGAUGAGGAAGUGCAUUCUGUUGUCCAAUCAUAUAAUAUCUUCACUGAUCAGCAUAUGAUUGACCCAUUAGAGGUGUUGGAGAGUUUAGCGAACAUGUUUACUGAGGGUAGUGGACGUGGUCUAUGUAAGAGAAUCAUAGCAUUUGUAAAAGCUGCAAAUGUUCUGGGUCUCUCUUUUUCAGAGGCAUUUGAGAAGCAACCAAUCGAAUUGUUACAGUUGCUUUCUCUUAAAGCACAAGAGUCAUUUGAAGAAGCAUCUCUCUUAGUGCAAACUCAUUCCAUGUCAGCAGCUAGUAUUGCUCAAAUUCUUGCCGAAUCAUUUUUAAAGGGUCUACUGGCUGCGCAUCGCGGGGGAUAUAUGGAUUCUCAGAAGGAAGAAGGACCUGCUCCUCUGUUGUGGAGAUUCUCAGACUUCUUAACAUGGGCAGAGCUUUGCCCUUCACAACCUGAAAUUGGCCAUGCAUUAAUGCGUUUGGUGAUUACAGGACAAGAAAUACCACAUGCAUGUGAGGUUGAGCUUCUUAUUCUUUCUCACCACUUCUACAAAUCAUCAGUAUGCCUUGAUGGAGUUGAUGUGUUGGUAGCUCUUGCUGCAACUAGGGUUGAUGCCUAUGUAGCUGAGGGGGAUUUUCCAUGUUUGGCUCGAUUAAUAACUGGAGUUGGGAACUUCCAUGCCCUUAAUUUCAUUCUUGGAAUUCUCGUAGAAAAUGGUCAGCUGGAUCUUCUCCUUCAGAAGUAUUCUGCUGUUGCAGACACAAAUGCAGGAACUGGUGAUACUGUCAGAGGAUUUCGGAUGGCUGUUUUGACAUCAUUGAAGCAUUUCAACCCAAAAGAUCUUGAUGCGUUUGCUAUGGUCUAUAACCACUUCGACAUGAAGCAUGAAACGGCUUCACUUUUAGAGUCACGAGCAUGGCAGUCUGCAGAACAGUGGUUUCACCGCUAUGACAAGGACCAGAAUGAGGAUCUGCUUGAAUCAAUGCGGUAUUUCAUUGAAGCAGCUGAAGUUCAUUCUUCCACUGAUGCUGGCUAUAAAACGUGCAGAACUUGUGCUCAGGCUUCCCUUAUUUCCCUUCAAAUUCGAAUGCCAGAUGUCAGGUGGCUCUGUUUAUCUGAAACCAAUGCCAGACGGUUACUAGUAGAGCAAUCCCGUUUCCUAGAGGCACUAAUUGUUGCUGAAGCCUAUGGUCUUAACCAGCCAAGUGAGUGGGCGUUGGUACUUUGGAAUCAAAUGCUAAAGCCAGAGCUAACAGAAGAAUUUGUGGCUGAAUUUGUGGCGGUGCUUCCGCUCCAACCUUCAAUGCUUAAUGAACUGGCAAGAUUCUAUAGGGCUGAGGUGGCGGCCAGAGGGGACCAAUCACAAUUCUCGGUUUGGCUGACUGGUGGAGGAUUACCUGCAGAAUGGGCUAAAUAUUUGGGAAGAUCAUUCAGAUGCUUGUUGAAGAGAACUAGGGAUCUGAGGUUAAAGUUGCAGCUGGCUAUGGUAGCAACCGGUUUUAAUGAUGUCGUUGAUGCAUGCUCAAAAGCACUAGACAAGGUUCCCGAAACUGCUGGACCUCUGGUACUGAGGAAAGGGCAUGGUGGUGCCUACCUCCCAUUGAUGUGAAGAUAAAACUUGGUGGAAAGACUAUAGUUGCUUCAAAAUCAGGUCGUGGGGGGUGGUCCUGAGGACGAAGCUGAUAUGAAAAUUUUUGAUAAUAAUACAUUUUGAUGAGAAAGAGUAGAGUUGUAAAUUAAUGAAAGAAUGUUAGAUUAGGUGAUUAGUUAGAUGAAAUGGGAAGGUUGUAAAUUUGAUUAUUUUUGGUGGAGGAUAGUUUUAGUUGGGUUUGGUUAUUGGUUCUUGAGAAGCAUUUUUGUAAGAAUUGUCGAUUUUAGUUCUUCCCUAAUGUCGCUCCUUUGGAUUUAUGGUGAAAAAAGGCGUGCACUGGAAACACACCAUUCACUA